GACACCGGGGAGCGCAUGGAGCCGGCGGCCCGCCGGGGGGAGGAGGGGAAUGAUGGGGACAGCGGCCCCGCCGAGGGCACCUCCGCGGGCGGGAGGGAGCCGGGGGAUCGGGGGGACUGGGCGGGGGGGGCCGGCGGCAACUGGAUGGCGAUUCACCCUACGUUCACAGAAAUGAUGUCUCUCGAUAUAUCUGACAGUACUCAAAUCUAUGUUGCAUUUCUGGUAUAUCUGGACCUCUUGGAAGGGAGAAACUGGCAUGAAGUGAAGCAUGUCGGAGUAGCGGAACUGCAGCUCAUCUGUUUACACGCACGUGAAAAAGAACAGGAUGGGUUCCAGGUGAUGGUGCCGAUACCUGCGCACAUAUCGUUAAGCCACGAGAGGAUAAGAGAAAUCCUGACAAAAGCGUCUCUCCCACCGGACAAUCCCGACACCCCGCUGUCGGUUACCUUGGCCAUAGUUGAGACAGAUUCCACAGUGGUCUACUAUAAAGUGACUGAUGGCCUCGUGAUGCCAGAUCCUCCUGCCGAUGCUGAAGAUGUGGACGAUAAACAGUGGAGAAAGAAAAGAAAGAAGCUUUUCAAAUGAUUAAGACAAACGGACUUUUCUUCAGCUACUGUCCUCAAAGCUAAACAAAUCCAGGAACUUAUGCAUGUGCAUAAGUAGUGUGCUGAAGUCUGCCUUCUGCAUAUCAAACAUCUGGUCAGGGAGAAGAAAGGCUCGUGCAGCUGCGCUGUAAUGAAAUGCUAUUUAAAAUAUGAAGUGGGUUGCGCUUUGAGACAGAUUAUUCCCUACUAAUAAAUAUACCUGUGAGAUGUUUCCAAAGCUGGUCUCCUUUGUAUCCAAGUAUAUAAUACAAUAAACACAUCCUUACCCAUAUUGUAAAUAUUGGUUAAAGUA